AUGGCCAGCCUCCAGGUGUCGCCGCGCUUUUCGAAGGGCACCGACGAGGCGACUGCGCUGUCAAGCCUCCAGUCGCUUCUGUCCUCUGAGGGCGGCCCUUGGACGCUUACCUCGGAGGGCGAGGCCCUCGAGCGAAGCUUCAAGUUCAAAACCUUUGCCAAGACUUGGGACUUCAUGACUGCCGUGUCUCUGCAAUGCAAGAUUAAAAACCACCACCCUGAGUGGUCAAAUGUAUAUAACACCACGUUUAUUCGAUGGACUACACACAACCCCAAGGGCCUCUCCACAAAGGACCUUGAGCUGGCCUCACUGUGCGACUCCAUCGCCAAAGACUUUGGAGAAGUGGAACCAGAACCCGUAACAUGUGAAAUCAGGAAUCUCGCAGACAGUGCUACGGUGUCUGCGGGCGAUUGCUGCACGCCCAAGAAAUAA